GAGCCGCUGCUGGAACGGCGGCUGCUCCGGGGCUGCAUCCUCUCUCCCGCAGAGAGGGCUCGGCGCGGCCCAAGGGUGCUGCACCGGCCGGUCGCGCCACCGCUGUCUUCCCCUCCUUAUCUAGCUUCUGCUCUGCUCCGCCCCGGCGUCUCCAGACGCGGAGCUUCCUCUUUCUUCUGCCGCCCCUCCUCCCCCCGCGGCGCCCCGCGGCGCGCUAGGUCCGGGGUCCAAGAAAGAUGCGGCUCUACCGGUGGCUGCUGAAGCAGCCGGUCCCUAAACAAAUCGAGCGCUACUCCCGCUUCUCUCCGUCGCCGCUCUCCAUUAAGCAGUUCCUGGACUUUGGUCGUGACAAUGCUUGUGAGAAGACAUCAUACAUGUUUUUACGAAAAGAGCUUCCAGUACGACUGGCUAAUACAAUGAGAGAAGUCAAUUUAUUGCCUGAUAACUUGCUGAACCGACCUUCAGUAGGACUGGUGCAGAGUUGGUACAUGCAAAGCUUUCUUGAACUUUUAGAAUAUGAAAAUAAGAGCCCUGAGGAUCCACAAGUUUUGGACGACUUUUUACAAGUCAUGGUUAAAGUCAGAAACAGACACAAUGAUGUGGUUCCUACUAUGGCACAAGGAGUAAUUGAAUACAAGGAGAAGUAUGGUUUUGAUCCUUUUAUUAGCAGUAACAUCCAGUAUUUUCUGGAUCGAUUUUAUACCAACCGCAUAUCUUUCCGCAUGCUUAUUAACCAGCACACACUUCUAUUUGGUGAUGACCCUAAUCCUGCUCAUCCUAAACACAUUGGGAGUAUUGAUCCCACCUGUAAUGUGGCCGAUGUAGUAAAAGAUGCAUAUGAAACAGCCAAGAUGCUUUGCGAACAGUAUUAUAUGGUAGCCCCAGAAUUGGAAAUUGAAGAAUUCAAUGCAAAAGCUCCCAAUAAGCCUAUUCAGGUAGUUUAUGUGCCCUCACAUCUGUUUCACAUGCUGUUUGAAUUGUUCAAGAACUCAAUGAGAGCAACAGUAGAACUUUUUGAAGACAGAAAAGAAGGUUACCCAUCUAUUAAAACACUAGUAACAUUGGGCAAAGAAGAUUUAUCCAUUAAGAUAAGUGACCAAGGUGGUGGCGUUCCAUUGCGAAAAAUAGACCGUUUAUUUAACUAUAUGUAUUCAACUGCUCCUAGACCUAGCCUCGAACCAACAAGAGCAGCACCUCUGGCUGGAUUUGGCUAUGGAUUGCCCAUCUCCCGUCUUUAUGCCAGAUACUUUCAAGGAGACCUAAAACUCUAUUCAAUGGAAGGAGUGGGUACUGAUGCUGUAAUAUAUUUGAAGGCUCUUUCAAGUGAAUCAUUUGAGAGGCUUCCAGUGUUUAAUAAGUCAGCAUGGAGGCAUUACAAGACAACACCUGAAGCUGAUGACUGGAGCAAUCCUAGCAGUGAACCCAGGGAUGCUUCAAAAUACAAAGCCAAACUUGACAAGAUGAAGACAAAUAGAACUUUCUAAAGAAAUGACUGUAUUUGGCCUAUUUUGUGAAGAUUGUGUCUUCUGCAAGUUGACCAGAGAGCGCUCCUUACCACCACAUCUUGGGGGAGGGUGGCACCCUAGCUAUUCGAGGGCUUGAACAUUUAUUUUCACUGAAUUAGCUGGAGCUUUUCUAUGGACCUUGUCCUGUAGUUACUCCAGUUCUUCCACUAAAUAACCUGAGUGCUUUUUACAACACUUUGGUGUGGUUGGCUGUUCUGGGGGUGAGAAUGUUGAUAAGAGCUUGGCAUGGAGGGGAAUCUGAUGCCUUAUAUAGCUCCCCUGUCUUUCUUCCCUUCACUCUCAUUACUGUAAAGCCCAUUGCCUGUCCUCCCUGUCCACAGGAGCUUCCACUUCUGUCCUAAGUCCAGAGUGCUAUGGUGUUUUGUGUUUGCAGCUGGAUUCCAUGCUCCUCUCAAACCACUGUAGGACCCAGGAAUUCUGAGUAGUGAAGUCAUCUGCUGGGGCCUCAUCAGUGGGAGAUUCCUUUCCCAAAGCCUUGACCUUCCCUCUCUUAUUCCACAACCAUCUGCUUUCCAAGUGGUUUAGACACUCCCUUCCCUAACUUCCUGUGUGCUCUAUCACCUUGUUAGGUGCUAGGACUUUCAUGUUAGGAAGAAAUCUCACCCAUACAUGCAAUUGAUUUUCUAUUAAUUUGUACACUGCCAUUCUGUUGAUUAAAAGUGUUCCAAAAGUUGCCCUGGGACUUUCACUGAGCCUUUUGGUGGUUUGAAACCAUUAAUGAAAAAUUACCUGUGAUCAGCUUUGUUAAAGGAAAUUUAACAUGAGGAAUGAGAUUUUUAAUCCUGUAGAAAAACCUAAUUAAACUAAUGCUCUGUGCAUUUAGAUUCUUCUGAGGAAGGUAGAAGUCUCCUUUGAGAUCCAGUUCUUUAUGGAAAUCUUUGAGAAACUGGUACCCUGAAAGAGAGUCAGUUUUUGAAAUCUUUACCUUCACUUUAUAUCACAGUUUAGAAUAUAGUAUCAUUCCUGUAAUCUUACUUUGAUACCUUUUAUUUCUUUUUUCUUUUUCUCUUUUUUUUGUUGUUUUUGUUUUGCUUUGUUUUUAACUUGGAGACAAAUGGAAGAGAGGUGAUAACAAGAGGAAUUUGUAUUAUAUGAAUUUGUUACCGUUAAAAAUUUUUGAUAUGGCAGUUACUUGGGAUUCCCAGCUGCAUUUAAGAUUCUAUAUAUUUAGAGCAGGUAGAUGGAAUAGUGGAUAGAGCUCUGGCCCUCAAGUUGAGUAGGCAAAUUAACACUUAACACUUAAACUAGGUGUAUGACUCUGGGCAAAUCACUCAAGCCCAUUUCUGUUGCCAAAAAACAAUAAUACAAAAAAAACAAAAAACCCUAUGUGUUCAUUAGCAUAAUUGUUUAACUAUGAGCUGGCUUACCUCAGAAAGGCUAAGGUGGUGCUUUAGGCUCCAUUCCUUAUUUUAUAUUUAGUUUUUGGUGAAGAUUAAGAGCAAGGAUGAUGUAAUGUUUAUUGUUGUACAAUCCACUACUUAUUUCUUAGGAACUAGUUUGAGAUGGUGGGACUAAUUUCUUUCUUAACUAAAAAUCUCCUAACUUUUCCAAACCUCCAUUAUCUCUCUAGUUCUUUGAUUCCAUUUCUUUUUUAGGAUUAUAUCUUAUUAAUAUAAGUAUUUUUGUUUUUAAGAACUCUUAAAUGUACAUCCUAACUUAAUUUUCUCUUUGUCCUUUUUACACAGGACAUGGGACUUUUUGUUUUUACUACUGCACAAAGGUGUAGUGUUUUUCCUUCAGAACAUACAUUUUAUAAGGAUGUGUACUUUGUUAAUUUUUUUUUUAAUUUCAUUUCUUCCCAUGGAACCUUUUUUUUUCUUUUAUGUCAUUGUGAUGCCUGAGCUCAUACUUUCUGUAGAAAUCUGUUUUUUGCACUUUGUUGCUUCAUCUUCUUACAAUGAAUAAUUGUUGGUGGCAUAAAAGUUUAUAAGACUGAGAAUGGUUUGGUCAUGCCAUUUCUUGUAAAAGAAAGAGUAACACAACUCCAGGAAAGUGACAGCUAACUCAAGCCACUAGUGUUAGAUUUCAACAGCAUCAUGAUUUGGGGGAUAAAAUACUAUGGAAAAGUAGGUGGAGGUAUGAACUAGAGAUGAUGCUUGAAUUUUUAAGGACCUUGAAUGUUAUGAUCUUUGGACAUUAAGUAUAGUAUCUUUAUUGGAUUUUGCCUACAGGACCUUCAUUUUUCUUCAAUAAUACGCAUAUUAAUUUCCCUUACUAGAUUACAGGUCAGUAGUAGGUUCACCAGAUAGUGACAGUUGGGAUGUUGAAGAUACUCAGUCUUUAAAAGUAUAUUGUGGGUACUGAAUAAUGUUUAGCAGAGACAAAGGCUUUGUUUAGCAAAGGUCUUAAAAAUAAACUGAAUUAUGCUUUUGCAUAAUUCUUUUUUUCAAAAGUUAGUGUUUUUAAUUUUUAAAAAUUUGGUUAUUUUCUACAUAGGUUUGUUCAUAUUUACGUGUCACUGAGUAAUAAAAUUACCUUCUAUUAUUCCUCAUUUUGGAGCAGGAUAAGAGUUUAUCUUUGCUAUUAAGGUAUACACAAAAAUUGAUUCAGAACAUUCCAUGUAUCACCAAAAUUUUGCCAGCCUGGUAAGACUAAAGGAAUUUUCACUAGCUUUUUAUAUUUUUUCUUUUAUCAUACUAUUAAUGCCAGCCAAUGUAAGUGACCAAAGACAGUAUUGUAUUCUGCAACCAACUUUCCAUCACUUGCACAGAUCUGUGAUCCCAAAGUAGUUUGUAUUCAUCUUUGAAACUCAGAAAGACACAUUCAUUCAUACCAGGAUUUUAUCUGGUCGUUUAAUUGUCAGAUAUUCCUAUUCUUUUAUGAUCAAAUUUUCUUCUUACAUUCUUCUGUCAGACAUUCUUUGAGAAGAAUUCCCUUUAAGAUACGUCAGUUGUCCAGUUCAUUUUUUUUUUCCAUACUGGAAAUAAGUUGGAUAGACUAAGGCAGUAUUGGCUGGACUUGAAAUAGGCAGUAUUUGCUUGAAUACAGCAAUAAAGGGGUGAAUCCCAUGUAAUUUUACUAGUUUCGCUCUGUCUCAUUCAAAGUUCUAAUAUUUGGAUAAAUUACCUCUCGGUGAUGGGAGUUCUGGUUGUUGCCACAAUCAAUUGAAGAAUCCUCAUCUUUGCAGGAACUGCUGGUGGAAAACUGUUGUUUCAGGAGUAUUACUCUAUUACAGCUUUUUCAGUUAGGGAAAGAACAUUAUUUUUACCACGUUACUUUUGAUUAGCACUUUAAAUUAUUCAAAGUGCUUUCACAUACAUUAUCUCAUUCAUUUUUCACAUCUAAGAUAUGUAAGAAUAAUAACAUCCUCAUUCUGCAGCUGAAAAUACAGAGGUCCCAAAGAGAGUAAUUCCUUUGCCCAAAAUUACAUUUAUCUGUUUUGAAAUCUUCCACCUAGAGUCACAAGAACUCCAUCUGGUAUUCUGAUCAGCAUUCUCCCUGUGGGGCACUUUCUAAGGAUAUCAGACUUUGUGUUACAAUAGGAUUAAAAACUUGCCGAUUUCAGAUUGUCACUCGGUGACAAUUUUUGUUUCAUUACAACUCACAUAAUAAAGAAUCACAAUUUUAUUUGCUUUGAUAGGUUUUAUGUAGCCAUAUCAUUAUAUACUGAAACAUUUAUUAAACUCCUACUAUGUGUCAGGCACUCCAGGCAUCAGAGAUAUUUGAAGAACAUGCAGCAUUUUAUAGUCUAUGUUAGUGAUCUAAUAUUAGCCUCUCUCUUUCGCUAUCUAAUUAAAAGAGAGGCUAAUACUUGUAGGAGGGAAAUAACAUUAAUAAAGUAAUGAACUUAGUGUUUCUGUUAUAAAAGACACUAAAUCUUGAGUAACUAUAUUUUCCCAAAUUCUAAAAUUAAUAAGGGCAUUACAAAAGUGCAGUACAUCAGACUAACUUUUGUUACCCACAAAUGAAUACUGGAAUUGAUUGCAUGGCUUUGUUGUUUAUAAUUAUAUGAACUGUUGCUACAGCUAAAAGUUUCCUGUUGAAUAAUACUCUGCAGAAUCAGAAUUUUCUUUUAGAGAUGUCCAACACAAUGCCUCAGUACAAUAAAUAGUAAAUUCUAGUGCUAUUAUUAAUGGGACACCAGUCUGUAUUCUUCUCUAUUGUACCCAACAGUAGCAACUGUUACAUAUGUUACAUAUAUGUAACAUGAUAUGUAUCAUAUAUUUGGUUGAGGAGUUUGAAUUCUUGGGUUAUGGGAAUCCUAAAAUUGGGAAUGGCCUAGUCCAACUUUGUGGUGAAAGGAGAAGUCAGACUUCCCCCUACUGUGAUUAAUAUUCAUCCAUCUACCUCUUCCUGUAGUUGCACAAUGUCAUAAAUUAUAGUAAGCCAAUUAAUGCAUUUAAUAAAAUAACCUUAAUAACCUGAAGAUUGACCUUAUAUGACAAAGUACCUUUCUUUCAAUAGCAUAACUAGUUUUUCUGAGAGGAAAUAGUCAUAGCAGGUUUUUGCUGAUUUUUGUGGGGGUUUUUUAUUUUAAUCAAACUCAUGUACUCCCUUAUUGGGUCCUAUCUUUGUUGUUAAUCCUUGUUUAGCAAGUGAGCCCAAUGGACUAGUAGUAGAUGUAAUGGCCAAGCUGAGGAGUUUGGUUAUUCAACAAGAAUGGUAGAAACAAUUAACAAUUAGGAGCCACAUUUCUUUUUAAAUUUAUUUUUCCAAUUACAUAUAAGGGUAGUUUAAACAUUCAUUUUUGUAAUGUUUUGAGUUCCUCCCCCUCCCUUUUACUUCCCCUUCCCUAAGAUAGCUAGCAAUCUGAUAUAGAGUAUAUAUGUACAAUCCCUUUAAACAAAUUUUCAUAUUAGUCAUAUUGUGAAAGAAAAAUCAGAACAAAAGAAAAACACAAAAAUAAAAAACCCUAAAAAGGUGAAAAUGGUGUGCUUCAAUUCGCAUUCAGUCUCCAUAGUUCUCUCUAGAUGUGGAUACAAUUUUCUAUGUAUGCCGAAUUUAUUGGCAUUGUCUUGAAUCACUAUUGCUGAGAAGAGCGGAGUCUAUCAUACCUGAUCAUCACAUAAUGUUGUUGCUGUGUUCAAUAUUCUUGUAGUUCUGUUCAUUUCACUCAGCUUCAGUUCAUGUAAGUCUCUCCAGGCCUUUCUAAAAUCCUCCUCCUGAAUAUUUCUAAUAGAAAAAUAAUACUCUAUAAUAUUCAUAUACCACAAUUUAUUCAGCCAUUCUCCAAUUGAUGGGCAUCCACUCAGUUUCUAGUUUCUUGCCACUACAAAAAGGGCUGUCAAACAUUUUUGCACAUAUGGUUCCCUUUCCUUCCUUUAAGAUCUCUUUAGGUUUAAGCCCAAAGAGAUCUUUGGGCUGGAUCAGAGGGUAUGUAUAGUUUGAUAAAUCUUUGGGCAUAGUUCCAAAAUUGCUCUCCAGAAUGGUUGGAUUCGUUCACAAUUCCACCAACAAUGUAUUAGUGUCCCAGUUUUCCUACAUCCUCUCCAAUAUUUAUCAUCUUUUCCUGACAUCUUAGUAUGAUAGAUGUGAGGUAGGACUUCAGAGUUGGUUUGAUUUGCAUUUCUCUAAUCAGUAAUGAUUUAGAGCAUUUUUUCAUAAAACUGUAGAUAAGCCACAUUUCUUAAAUUAGUUUUUUGUGUUGGAAAUGCUAAUACCAAGGGAAUUAUUUAAAACCUCUACGUGGAAUGCUUUGAUUCUUUUCUAUGUAUUUGUCUUGGAAAAGUCCUUCCCUGCAGUUCUUACAUUUUUAUUAUAGGUUUUAAUAGGUGGAAUAGGGCAAUUAAAUGGCAACGUAGAUAGAACACUAGUUCUGGAAUCAAGACCCAAGUUCAUAUCCAGCCCCAGAUACUCACUAGCUGUGUGACCAUGGGCAAACCAUGUAAACCUUGAUUGCUUCAGUUCCUCACCUGUAAAAUGAUCUGUAGAAGGAAAUGGUAAAACAUUCCAGUGUCUUUGGUAAGAAAACCCCAAAUGGAGUCACGAAAAAUCAGAAACGACUGAAAUAAUUCAAUAAAAAUAAUAAGCAUUUUUGUCUGCCUUUCAGUAAUGGUUCCCUGCCUUCCCACUUGGCUUGGAUAGGAAAGCAAAUUAGAUAAAUUGUUUGCUUUAACCAUCACUCUCCCUCUCCUCUCACCUGCCUUUUGUAUUCUGUCAAACAUAGAAUCUUGUAGAGGUCACCUGAUCUAACUUUAUAUAGCAAGUCCAAUCUCUCCCCAAUCAAAAAAACUAGUAAAAUCGCCUUGACAAUUUUGAACGCCAGAUGGUCCAGUUUCAAGCUAUUAGCUGUAUCUACAUUUUUUAUGAAGCUGUUGAGUGAUAGAAGGGCUUCUUGAGACAAAAUGUUAAAAUGACCUAGCUUUGACUUCUAGAGUAGUAUGAUUUAUUUAUUAUGUGUUAGAAGGUUUGAGAUGGUAGAUCAAAGAACAGUGAAAUGAAUAUGAACUUAAAUUUAAAAAUAUUUUCUCUGUUCCAUAAAUCCCUCAGUGACAUUUGAAUUAAUCAAGCAUAAUUAAGGGUAGUUAGAUUUUUGUCAGAUACUGUGGUUCAAAAUAAUAUUCAUCUAUGGAGAGGGUAAUAUAUUCUGUAGAAAUUUUAUUAAGUACUUCAGUUAAGCAAUACUGAAGAGAACAAAAUCUCAGGAAGGUUAAUUACUAAAAAAUCGCACAAAGUAUAGUAGAUUAUCUUCCAUGCCUAAAUUAUUUUAAUUUUGAAUAUGGCUUAAGUUUUUAGUUUACAUAGCAAAACAUUUUGGAUUGAUUUUUCGUUACGUUUUCAAAAAGUGCAGAAUAACAAUUUCAUUCUUUAAUGUGCUAUGUAUGAUUUCAUUUUGUCAUUCCACCAAAUUACUUAAUUUUUGAUGAAUUGUAGUUUCUUUUCCUAUAAUUUUUUUUAAGUUAAGAGAAGAGCAUAAAGAUUUCAUUCAAGUGAUUGGACCAUACCUCUGCCAUAUCAUUCUCUCUCUGUCUCUCUGUCUCUCUUAAUUCUUCUUCCCUCCUUGCUCCCUCCCAUCUUCCCUCUGACAAAGAAAAUAAGGAGAGCAAAAGGAUUGUGUUUGUUUUGUACGUUGAGAAAGAGAGUAGUGUGCGCUUUCACUGUUUUUGUGGCUCUGGGAAUAGAACUUCAUUAAAUGAUUUCCUGUGGAAAUCACAGAAUGCUUUAGAAUGUGCUCAGACUUAGUAGAUAUUAGGAUACAUGCUUGAGGUGAAAGUGCUGUAAAUCUCAGGAACACUAAUUCACCCAGGAAACCUGAUUUAUGUUGUCCUCAUUGAAUCUUCUCUAAGAGUUUUAAAAAAUCAUGAAUAAGUCGUUACUUUUGUCCAAAUAAGUCUAAGCAGUGCUUAGUUUUUGACUUCUGUCAAUUGUCUGAAGUUUCUAAGAGGAAAAAGGCAUGAAAUUUUAUGAUAUUUAAGCCACAUUCACUGCAAUGAGGCAUCAGUUCUUCAUUGAGUUCUGGAACUAUAUAAACUCUUGAGCUAAUAAUAUAUACUACUAUUUAAAAUAAUACUUUAUGUACUAAUUCCAAUUCUUAGGCCCCAAAGAUGGUUUUAGUCUGACAUUCUGUUCAAAUAACAAUAAAUCAACAUACAAAUCCCAAAGAUAGAAGCACUUGCCAGCAACAUUUCUUUAAAGCAAUACAUCUUAAAAGUCAAUACGUCCUAAAAGUACAAAUUGAUGCUUCAAAAGAGUGGUAUGUUCCAUUCUUUGUGAAUUGGUAAUCCAAAGUCUGUCACAUAUUUCUAUUCAUAGUUGUCCAUAAAUACACUUUUUUUGUUUCAAAUCAAAUGAGAUUUGAAAAUUUAGAAUCGAGUUCAUUUCAAUAACAAUUUUUUAGUAAAGAAUAUUUUAAUUUGCUCUGCUUUUUUCUUUUAUUUUUAAUAGCAAAAUCUAGUUCUGGUCAUUUUAUUUCAGAUGUUUAUUAGGCACAUUAAAGGCAGCUUCAGCAGCAAUUUAUAUACGGUGAAAAAGUACAUAUUCACUGUUUUGUAAAUCAAACAAGGCUGUGAAGGGGAACAAUGUAUCUAGAAUCUGUCAUUGGUUUCUCUUAUUAACAAAUGAUCCUUUUUAUGUAAAUGUCAGGUAUUGUUACAAACUUUUCAUUUUGAAAUAUAUGCAUCUGUAGAUUCACAAAGAUGAACAAUAGUUCUUUUGGUCCUAGAAAAAUAGUACUCUAAAGGUACCAGCAUUAAGACGACUAUUUAGAGCAACUUAAAAGUCAAAAUAACAUUAAUCUUUCAUAUUUUUGAACCAUCUAAUUUAAAAACUAGGAGCCCAGAUGAAAAAAGGACUAGCUAUCCCUGAUUACUAAGCAGUAACUUUUGUAGAUAUUGUCAACAUUGUGUGUGUAUAGAUAAACCAAUUCAUUUAUCAGAAAACAUGACUGUACAAAGGCUAAAAUGGAAUAGACAAUGUUAUUUGGUACUUUUUCCUUAAAAAAUAAAGGGAAAAGGUGCUAAAGAUGACGUUCUGAUACCGCACUCUUUCCUUUUAAAUCUCCUGUUAAAUCUUAGUGAACCAUCUGAUCAGUGAAUUGUCAUGGGUUCUUGGCUUUUUUGGUAAUUAUCAUGUUAAAUCAGCUGAUAUUUCUCUAGUUUGAUUUGGGGACUAUAAUUGUGUACCUGGGAGAGAUUAUAUAAAAGGAUGCAAAUUUUAUUCAAAAGGCAUACCAUACUGAAUUUCACAACUUAAGAGCCCUCAUUUUUUAAAAGUUGAAAAUUUAGAUAUUGCCUUACCCAAUAAUAUAUUGAUUUUAGCUAGUACUAAAUGCUGCACUUUGAUUUAAAACCAGACUUGUGUUAAAACUAGUCAAGUCUACAGAUAACUUGGCACAUGUUUUGUGAUUAAACAUAAAGUUCUUGAAACAAUGCAAAACAACUGCCCAGGUUUUCUUAACUGGCUGUAACAUUCUUCAUAGUUGGCAUUAAAUUAUUGAGGUUAUAAUUGCUGCGUAAGCCUUACGUACAUGUUCUCUGUUGCUCUAAGUUCCUUUUUGCAUGCGAAUAUGUUAAUUUCAAUUUUGUUUUCUAGUAUAGGUCAUGAUACCUAAGAUACGCGUGAACCAAAUAAGAAAAGCCAAAAUCAAUGUAAAUUAUGUAGUAGUGAAAAUUGUGUUCUGACAGAUUAUUAAGUGUAAAUUUAAUAUUUUGUAUAUUUUCAUCAAUAUAUUUGAUUCUUCAUAAUCUAGAAGAAAAUUAAUGGCCAAGCUGGAGAAUAAAGAUGAUUUGAUAGAGAAGAAAAGAAUUGUACAUGAAAUAAAACUUCUUUACAAUAUUUUAACCAUAUAGUAGUACAAACUGGUAUUCAUUUUCUGAGUUUGUUCGUUUAAAGUAAUGAAAUGUUUCAUGUGUCUAGUAUGUACACAAGCACAUUGUGGCCUAAUUAGAUAAUCCCUACCUCCAUAGUGUUUAUAGAGGUUACUCUUACCAGCUGGCAAUCUGCUUUAUGACUGGACAGUGAAUUUAUAUUUUGAGUUAACUUACUGCUUUAAUUUUCUGUAGGAAAACGUUUUGUUUAUUGAAAUUCAUAAUUAGAAAAAAUGGCAUAGGAAAAAUGUUAUCAUCAGUUGCUAAACAACCUGUGAUGUCUAUUGUAGCCAAACUAUCCCUGGAUCACAUGGAAAAAUCUGUCUGAUCAUAUUAAGAUAAUAAAGUGCUAGUUCUGAUUCA